CGCGCAGCUGGAGCCUGCCCCGACUAGAAAGGAUCCUUAUGGCCGGGAAUUACCCAAGCCAGGUCCUAUUAUCGACGGCCAACCCCAGGAAGAAAGAUCAGUACGAGAUUGAGAAGAUAGUUGACAAGCACACUAUUAAGGUUGGCCGCAUGCGUACUCCGUUCACAGAGUAUCGUAAGCUUAUUCGCGACUUUGAAAGUCGCCCUCUGCCACAACCAAUGGAGAAACGGUUCAGCCGUGUUCGAGCUUUUGGAGGCCAAAGUAGCCGCUAUGGAGGCAGAAUUAGACUGGAUACGGCGUUUGAAGAGCCGGCCACGGACUUUCAGAAGUAUCUGAAAGUUGUAGAUGAAUGCACAUGGGCAGGGCCAUUGCUCAGGGGAGACCCAGACAGGCCGGAUGGGUUCAGAGCCAUCCAAGAGCUAGAGCUGCAGGAACAAGUGAUUGCGCUAGCCACCACUAAUGGCUCAGUCGUAAAGCCGAAGUUCCUCUGGUGUUUGCAUUGUUUUAGGACAGUGGUAGGCGGAUGCUCACCGAUGCAGGACAGCAUCCACGUCGUCAAGCCGGAUGCUUCAUCGAGCACAGCCCGGGUCUCCUCUGAGCAAUGUCCCUCUGCCCAUGUGCAUUCAUCUACAACCGUCGUGGCCCCUGUACGCCCCGAGCUGGGAGAGAUCCAGGCGAUGGCCGGUGGCGCCGCCGGCGUCGCGGCUUGCAAUAUGUAUUCGACCUUCAGCGCGUGGGGGCUGGCCCUCAACGAAAUGGAGGACGACUUUUUGAAGAAAUAUGGGAUGGUUAUAUGA